AUGUACUUAUUCAUAUGGCACAAAGCUUUAGCAACUGUAAAAGAAAGGAUGAUCCGGUUCAUCCUGUUGCUGGCCUGUGCGGUUCUGGCAGUGGCUUACAAGAACCCACACUAUGCGGCGGGACGUUCCACCAUGGUGCACCUUUUCGAAUGGAAGUGGGACGACAUCGCCGCUGAAUGCGAGAGAUUCCUCGGACCCAGGGGAUUCGGUGGCAUCCAGAUUUCUCCACCCAAUGAGAACCUGGUGAUCUGGGCAAUGAAUCGCCCCUGGUGGGAGAGAUACCAGCCGAUAUCUUACAAUCUGGUAACACGGUCGGGCAAUGAACAGCAGUUUGUCAAUAUGGUUCGUCGAUGCAACAAUGCCGGUGUUAGAAUAUACGUGGACGCCAUUAUUAAUCACAUGACGGGCACUUGGAAUGAGAACGUUGGUACCGGAGGCAGCACGGCUAACUUUGGUAACUGGCACUACCCCGCGGUACCUUACGGCAGGAACGACUUCAAUUGGCCGCACUGCGUGAUCUCCCCCAAUGAUUAUGGCUGCUGUCCCGAUAGAGUACGCAACUGCGAGCUUUCAGGAUUGAAGGACCUCAACCAACGGUCCGAACAUGUUCGUUCCAUGAUUGUCAAUUACAUGAACCGUCUCAUCGGAAUGGGUGUUGCUGGAUUCAGAAUCGACGCCGCGAAGCACAUGUGGCCCGGAGAUUUGCGCGUCAUCUACGACAGGCUUCACAACCUCAAUACGGCCCACGGCUUCCCGUCAGGCGCUCGGCCGUACAUCUUCCAAGAAGUCAUCGACCUCGGCGGCGAGGCGAUUACCCGCACCGAGUACACCCCACUGGCGGCGGUCACAGAGUUCAGAUUCGGAAUGGAGCUGAGCAGAUGCUUCCAGGGGGGCAAUCAGCUCAGGUGGCUGUCCAACUGGGGCCCAAACUGGGGACUGCUAGCGAGCGGUGAUGCUUUGACGUUCAUCGACAACCACGACAACCAGAGAGGCCACGGAGCUGGUGGAAAUAUCCUCACGUAUAAGCAAGCUAAGCAGUACAAGGGGGCGAUCGCAUUCAUGUUGGCCCACCCGUAUGGCCAACCUCAGCUAAUGAGCAGCUAUGGCUUCACGAAUACGGAGGCCGGACCGCCGAUGGAUAGCAGGGGCAAUAUCAUUUCACCUUCCAUCAAUUCCGACGGCUCUUGCGGUAACGGUUGGAUUUGCGAACACCGCUGGCGUCAGAUCUUCCAGAUGGUAGGUUUCAGAAACACGGUCGCGGGCACUAACGUGAACAACUGGUGGGAUAAUGGAAGCAACCAAAUCGCCUUCUGCCGUGGCAACCGAGGUUUCAUCGCAUUCAAUAAUGACCGCUGGGAUCUAAAUGUGAACAUACAGACGUGCCUUCCGGGUGGAUCGUACUGUGACAUCAUAUCCGGUUCUAAGAGUGGCAAUAGGUGUACUGGAAAAACUAUCCAAGUUGGAAAUGACGGCCGCGCCAACGUUCAUAUUGGCCCUAACGAGUUUGAUAUGAUUCUUGCUAUCCAUGUUGGAAGUGACUCUCGAUUG